AUGAAACACUUCGUCGUGUUAGCCUUGAUUGCGUGCAUCUAUGCAACAUCUGUAACUGAGAUGACUGACAGACUUGCCCAGUAUGGUGAUCAUCCAUUUGGAAAGUCAAUGGUCAAUUUGGUAUCUGUCAACAUGAAGACCGGUGGAUCACUCAAUGAAUUGAAACAACUCUUGUAAUAGAUUAAGGAUGAACUCAUUGCUCUCACUCAAUUACAAGAUUCAGAAAAUGCCACUUUCACUCGUAGAAGCCAAGUUGAUUUGGCUAAAUUACAAGCUACUUUAGAAUAAGCAUAAGCUGAUUUGGACAAUCAAAGACAAGAACAAUCAAGUCUUAGUAACGAGUUAGCUACUCUCUAGACCAGAGUCAAGGAAGAUCAAGCCGCUUUAGACAGAAACAGUAGAGGAAGUGGAGAUGCUCAAUCUAGAUUGGACGCAGAAAACACAGAUUUCUCAGCUAAAUAUUAAGACUACAGUGAUGCCAUUCUCGCUUGUAAGGAAGCCUAAAGAUUGCUUUUGAACUUGAGAGGAGAAGGAGCAUCUUUGAUUUAACUUACUUAAGACACCAAGAGCAAUCUCCUCUAAACCAAAGAGAAUUUCUAGAAAAUCAAGGAGAUUUUGGAGGCUCAUACCAAGAAGAGCUCACUUACCUUAUUCCAACCAAUCAUUGAGGGAUUAGCUGAAAUGACAACCAAGGUUAAUCCAGAAACUUUGAAUAAUGUCUUGAGUUUAGUGGCCCGUUUGAUUACUGCCUUACAAGAGGGACAAGAUCAAUUGGAAGCCAAUCACAAGACUUAAGUCGAAAACUUGAGCAGAUUAGGUGAUGACUUGAGAAAUGAAAAAUAAACCUUAUAAGUCUCCUUAGCCACAGCCAACAACAGACUUAAGGAAAUUUAAUCAAGACUCAACGAAUUAGAUGGUUUGAUUAAUAUUUCAAAUGCUUUGGUUGAAGUUACUCAAUUGAACAUUUAAGAUGCCACCAAAAUCAAUGAAUUGGAGGACUCAGAAUAUAGCAACCAAAAAGUUAGUAGAUAAACUGAAAUUGAUAUAGUUGAUAGAUUGAUCGAAUAUAUCAAUCAAAAACUAUCUGAAUGAGUUGACACAAUUAUAUCCACAAAAUAAUUUUAAACAGAUUUAUAAUCAAUAUCA